CUGAGUCAGCAGGACUGCUUAGUGAAGAAUCCGAAGAGGUUUCGGAAGCGGUUCGAAGGAGAAGCAGGAAAGUUUGAGGCAACAAAAUGCGCCUUUAUUCCGAAGACCUUCAAAACGCCUUCGCGGUACCAUUUGUUUGUGGAAGGAUUUUGCAAGAAUCCUGGCGUCACUCGAAUUCUGAAGCUGACGUUCUCCUCACAAACGUGGCAGUGCAAAAGGCCGUACCUGCUUCUGAUCUGGGGAAGGGGUGCAAGUGGGUGGUUCAGCGGCUCAGACAGCGCUCGACUGCCAAGCGUGGGGCAGGGAGGAUGGAAGUUCUGUGUGGAUACGGAUGAUGCUUUCAUCCACAGCCUCCAGAGUGCUGACAGUGACAAACACUGCUUUGAGCUCUAGGGCUGGGACAUCCUGAUCAAUCUGGAUCUGUAAGGCUGGCUUCUGGAGAUGAAUGCCUCACCUUCCCUCACUGCUGCUAGCCAGGAUGACGGGCUCAAGCAUCCUCUGCUCAAAGACACACUUCAUAUUGUGGACAGGGAGGGCAGGCAGGCAAAGAUGUUUACUACCUUCUAA